GAUCGAAGCCUUUUCCACGCUACGGAUAUAAACCGUCACCACCAAAUGGGUGUGGCUCUCCAUUGUUCGGUGUUCAUCUGAACAUUGGCAUCCCUUCCCUGACAAAGUGCUGCAACCAACACGACAGGUGCUAUGAGACCUGUGGUAAAAGCAAGAAUGACUGUGAUGAGGAAUUCCAGUACUGCCUCUCCAAGAUCUGCCGGGACGUGCAGAAGACUCUAGGACUUUCUCAGAACGUUCAGGCAUGUGAAACAACUGUGGAGCUCCUGUUUGACAGUGUCAUACAUUUGGGCUGCAAGCCUUACCUGGACAGCCAGCGAGCCGCAUGCUGGUGCCGUUAUGAGGAAAAAACAGAUCUGUAAGGAAGCCCCUGAAGCUGGCGAGCAGACGAGAACUGAUGCUUUCAUAGCCUGAAGCUGCCUUAAUUUUUGUGAUGGGUCAUUUGAAGACCUAGACUGUGUUGUGAUUUUCAACCUCACAGUGAAAAGGAGUGGGGCUUGGGAAGAAGAAGAAGAGCGUGCUCAGGACCAGGAGUAGAGAGGGGAGCACGCCUGCCUUCAUGGAUGGGCCUCGCUGUCUCAGUGGAUCCCCAAAUUGGGAAGAAAAGCUUGAAGACUGUGUGACUUGGUUUUCAUAGCUGUACUUAACAAUAAAAAUGAGAGCAGAUGUAAAAUUCAUUGUAAGGGCUUUUCAACAUUAUUUUGAAAUUUAGGACAAACUUCCGUUAGAAGUAUUAUUUACUUUGAAAUUUCAAAUAUGCACUUACACUGAGAGGAAGUAACUACUAUUUCUCUAGAGACUCUGAGAUUGGAUGUAUUGUGUUGGUCAUAGUAACAAGGCCUCCAAGUGUACAUUAUUUGUACAGUUGGAACCACCAGCCGGUGUGUCUCUUCAGGGACAACCCAGUACAUCUAAGUAUUGUGAUAUAAACAAUAUUCAGAAACAGCACUCCUGUUUCACAAGCCAGUUCUAACAAAUGUCAUCUUUUGCUAUGAAUUCUAGAAAAGAUGGAUUUAUGAGGCAAAUCAGAGUACUAUAUGCUGUUGGGUUUGAUGUUUAUUCCCUAAUACUUGUCCCUCAUCUUAGAUGCUGGAGUAUUUUUAAAAGGUUGACCUUUUACUAAUGGAGGUCUUAAUAAACCUUAUUCUUGAUAA